AUGGACACUAGUCCAAGCCAAAGUGGGACCCCGGCACCCUAUGGCCGGGCAUGCGUCAACUGCUCUCGAGCAAAAAGCAAAUGUAUUCUGCUGACGUCCGGGAGAGGUUGUGAGAGGCUCACCGCCCGUAGAUGUCAACGACUGAAGAAAGAUUGUCGACCGUCGCCGACAGUGCGAAAGCGAAGUAGUCGCUCGUCGGCGUCCAAAACAGCUCAGUUAGAGGCAAAACUUGAUAGUAUUGUUUCCUUACUGCAAUCCACCAAUUCGAAUCCCGGUCUGCCCGGAGACUGGGAUUCAAGCACCUCGGGGUCAAAGCAAACAUCUCCGUUUAACUAUCACCGACCCGACAUGCCAUCUCCACCACAAACGGUACCUUCGCCAAAUAAUAGCUCAAUAACGGACGUCUGCGCUGGACUGCACAUUGCUCCUGACGUUGCCGAAAAGACCAUCAACGAUUUUCGUAAACAAAACUUGAAGUUGAUCCCCUUUCUUUACAUCCCGCCUCAUGUUACCUCUCAGCAACUCCGCAAUGACAAGCCGUUUCUCUGGUUAUGCAUCAUGGCUGUCAACACCCCAGGCGAGAGUAAAAGAAACAUGUUGUUCAACAAAGUGACAGAGCUCAUUCAUCAAGAAGUCAUCGUCGGGGUCUCCCCAAGCAUGGACAUCCUCUUAGGAAUUAUGACGUUUAUAUUGUGGAAUACCUUUUCGAAGAGGCCAUUCCUCAACUUUUAUGCCCAUAUGGUCAUGGGGAUCAUCUGCGACAUAGGAAUAAAUAAAGCCAUCCCAAAAGACCUAUCAACUUUGCAGGCUUUCAAAUGUGCAGUGGGCUGGCAACCACAAGCCAGUACCACAAGAACCUUGGAAGAAAGAAGAGCGGUUCUAGGAUGUUUUCUCAUUACAUCUAGUGUUGCACUGGCCUUGAACCGGAUCGAUGCUCUGAGAUGGAGUCCUCACAUGGAAGAAAGUCUUACCGUCUUAUUGGAAACAAAUGAAUGCCCCGAAGAUGAAGUUCUGGUAAAUCUGGUCAAGAUCCAAUUGGUGGUGGACAAAGUUUAUCAAGCUCGACGAGACGGUGAUGACCAAUUGAUAUCACGCUUCUACAUCAAAUCAUUUCAAGCACAACUUGAUGUGGUACGAAAACAAAUACCCGCACAUUUGCAACAAAAUGAAACCAUUUUGACGUCCGUGUUUCACGCCGAGCUCGUCAUCCACGAGUGGGCCAUCCAAGCCCCUGUUGAUCCACAAUCCCCCGAGUUGUACCGAAUUGAAAGCCUUUGUGCCGCUCUCCAUGCCACUAAAAACUGGCUUGAGGUCUGGCUCUCCGUCUCACCAUUCUUGUACCAGGCUAUUCCCUUUACAUCCUUUUUCCAGUUCUCACGGGUCAUUGUGAGCCUGUUCAGACUAUCCACCCUGGAUGAUCCCGGUUGGGACAAGACCAUGGUUCGGAAUACUGCAAAUGUCCUCGACUACCUCGACCGAACAUGUUACAGUAUGAAGAGAUGUAUUGAAACGGCUAUGCCUCCCGGUGAUCCGGACUGGUGCGUCCUUGAAAAGGGAAUCAGGAUAGUCCAGUCAGUCAAACAAGGUUGGGAGCCAAAGCUGAUGGAGGUUUGGUAUCCGAGCUUGCCUUCUAGUGACCUCAAUGGUGACGAAUUCGUUCCACCGGCCCCUGAUCUCGCCAUGUUACCCAUCAAUGGUCUUGACGAUGCGUGGAUGAUGCAGAUCUUUGGCUCCAUGUGA